CAGUUGUAAGCCUAACAACAAUCCAAGAGUGAGCGAUUGAAAGAUAGACAUUGAUAUACAUAGAUGAAUAUGAAAAAUUGAUUAUUUGUAUUUCUUACAUUGAUUUUGUUUCGUACUCAGUAUACCAAAAAAACCAGAAGCAUCAUUUAAAAAUUGCAACAAAGUCAGUUAAUUACGCUUAUUAUUGUUAUUCCUAGUGUACUACAGUAAUUAUUGGUACGUGAUUUUGUUAAACAUUUGGUUAACCAUUCAUCAUCAAGCAGCCAGUUUGAUUGAAAAACAACGGUUAUUUAACUUUGGAAAUCGGAUCAUCACUGUUUAUUCAGAACUGUAUUGGAUAAAAUAGGAAAGUGCAUGUAAAUUAAAAAACCCACGUUAAUCAUAGACACAAAGAACCAGGGAAAGGGAGGAAAGAAAGACACUGAAAGAGAAACAAAAAACACCCAUCAAUUAAGCCUCAAUGAACCCAAUUACAUUGUUAAUUAUUUUACUUCCAAUAACAUUUGCAUUUCCAUUGCCAUUAACCAGCUCUUUGGAUGACUAUGUUCAACAAACGGAGCCUCCGAAAUCAAAUGAACACCGUCAAUUUGACCAUCGAUUGAUACAAAAUCCAGACUAUUUCGAAGGUGAUAUUGUCACUCCAAUAGACGAUCUUUGGAGAAAUGCUGUGUCCAGAGAUGAACAACUAUGGCCGUUAGGAGUGAUUCCCUAUGUUAUUGACGCAAGCCUAAACGAUAUUAAAGAGCAUAUUGAUGCAGCAUUGGCACAUAUUCAAAACCGAACAUGUAUACGGUUCAAGAAAAGGACAACAGAAAAAGAUUAUGUUAAAUAUUUUGCUGGAAAUGGAUGCUUUUCAUCGUAUACUGGAAGGAAAGGUGAUCAACAAACUGUUAGUAUUGGUAAAGGAUGUGAUUUUCAUGGACUGAUUGUUCAUGAAACAAUGCACGCAAUUGGCUUUCAUCAUAUGCAUACUCGCUCUGAUCGAGAUAAUUAUCUAGAUAUUUUUUGGAAAAAUAUUGCUGAAAGUUAUAAAGCUCAAUUUAUCGUUCAACCACCGCAAGAGCUACGUUUUAUUACUCCAUUUGAUUAUGAUUCAAUCAUGAUGUAUGGACCGACAGCUGGUAGUAAAGAUAAUAAGUCAGUAACAAUGUUACCAGUUAACCGGACGAUACCUUUGAUUGAUGCCUCUAUUAAACCUGGUUUGAGUAAGUAUGAUAUUGAGGCAGUAAUUAAAUUGUACAAGUGUGAAGAAACGAUGUGACCUGUUUAAUGAUUGUUUUUUUGUGCUGUUGAUGAAACUGAAUUUAGUUCUGCUAAUAGAGUUAUAUUUUUUAUCCUAUUUAUCUCAUUUGCAUACAUUGUAAUAACAAAGCCACAAUAAUUCAUCAAGUUUUUUUUAAA